ACAAUAAUGAGAGGAUACGGAUAUUAUAGUGAAAUAUAUCGCAUGUAUAACACCGACAAUAACGCAGUGGAAUGACAAACAUAUUUUAUGUUUAAUUAUGUCAUAGCAUGUGUGGGCGUCGGACAAGUAAAGUAUAUUAAAUGUCUCAAUCGACUGUUAGCGAGUGGCGUCCAACAGAUGAAACGAUCCUUAACAAAUAUACACUACCUAUAAUAUAGUACCUACAUCAUCGUGCAGACUACAUCAUGAUUAUAAUAAUAUUACCUAUAUUAUUUAAUUUUUAAUUGUUUUGGUCAACUUAGGCCACCGCAUUGUUAUUACUAAUUACUCGUAUUCGUGUACUAUAUGGUCUAUGUUAGUAAUUAGUAGGGAUCGGAUUUCAAUGCAUUUGCAUCUUUUUUUUUGUAAUGGCUUACACGAUGCUUUCCAAGCUACGUAUGUGCUUCAAGUACUCCAUGUUGUAACACCGAAAUUUUUUUGGUGCAUUUUUUGCAAUUUUUCGGAUUUUAUACUUUUUGGAGCAUUUUUGAUGUUUUGAACGCGUUUUUAAUUUUUUGAGACAUUUUAAUCUAUAUCUCCUAUUAUGAUAAAAAAAAAAAAUUGACUUCAUUAAAAUAUAAACAUGGUGACAUCAGAUAAUCUGGUUUUAAAUUAUUAGACAAGGGUGCGACAUUUAUCUUUAUAAUGUCUCACCAACUGAUUAGCCGAUUUAAUCGCAUGCAUCUUUUAUCGGAGUAUCACAGUGUAAUACAAAUUUACAUGUUAAUUGCAUAUUUUGGUAUUUUUAGGGCAUUUUUUAGAGUUUUUCAGUCCGAGCUCCAGUUAUUAGUCUGUUAUUACUUAUUACAUGUAAUUAUUGGAAUUUACAAUGUAAUCGAAUGACACGGCCAACCCGAAAGGCUGAACUAUCUUUGUAGACCAAAACCGAACGUACAACGUAGAAUAUUGUGUUGUUCGCGAACGAAGGAGUCGAAUGUAUUUCUGCACGUAUCUGCGCAACUACACAACUAUGCGCAAUAUAUUAUGGCAUAAUAUAGGUCAACGGGCAUAAAAUAUAUGGAUAUAACGACUUGCCAGGCUCUAAUGAUUUCUUUACCACGCAUUCCCCACUACCACGCGUAGCGUAGGGUCCCCGACAAAUUAUAUGACAAAAAAACUCAAUUUGCUCGAACGAUAUAUAUCUUAUCAGACCGUCGCUCCUCGCUCGGUCAAGUGUCAACUGUCAAAACUAUCAAAAAAACUCUUGACUCUCUGGAAAGUGCACGCCCUAUAAUAGUGGAGUUCGGUCGCGUAUUUAUUAUAAUAUAUCAGUUGUACUAUAAUAUCAUAUAGGUACCGUACUUUAGUGCCACCGUUUAGGCAAUACUGGUUUACGGUAAACUACCUAAUGACUUUUCUAUAGUAUAAUAAUAAUAAUAAUAACAAAAUUUAAAUUUAAAAAGUGAAAGUGACGCGGACGUCUUAUCAUCAGCUACGUUUAUAAAUUAAGCUUAUAAAUUAUAAAACUUAUACCAUUAUAAUAUACCUAAAUAUUGUAUCGUAUCAUAAUUCAUAAUAUAGAUGUCCGGCAAACUACAAUGUAUGCCGUUAUGUCAAGUCACAAUUAGAAUUUUCCCAAUUUUUGAGGUUGUCUGUGAAUUCAAAGAACUUUUCCACCGGCCAAAAUAUGUCGUCGAAUCAGAAGGUAUUAAAUUUAGACAAUAUGAACCCAAACGUAAGGAUAAUGGAAUACGCUGUUCGAGGACCGUUACUGAUAAGAGCUACAGAAAUUGAAAACGAAUUGAAAAAGGGUGUUGAAAAACCUUUUAAAGAAGUGCUUAAAGCAAAUAUUGGUGAUUGCCAUGCAAUGGGACAAAAGCCAAUUACAUUCAUACGCCAGGUUUUAGCUUUGGUAUCUCAACCAGAACUGUUGGAUGAUGAUCGAUAUCCUGAAGAUAUUAAAGAACGUGCAAGAACUAUAUUAGAUGGAUGUCGGGGUGGUAGUGUUGGGUCCUAUACUGAUUCUCCAGGAAUAGAAAUAAUAAGAAAACAUGUUGCCCAAUAUAUUGAACGCCGAGAUGGUAUUCCGUGUGAUUAUUUAAAUGUCCUCUUGUGUGCUGGUGCAUCAGAUGGAAUAAAAGCUAUUCUACGAUUAUUGGUUGCCGAUGUUGAUGGAAAAAAACCUGGUGUAUUAAUUCCUAUUCCACAAUACCCAUUAUACUCUGCUACAUUAGCAGAGUUUAAUGUAAAACAGGUUGGAUACUUUUUAGAUGAAAAUAAAAAUUGGGGUUUGGAUGUGAAUGAAUUAGAACGAUCAAUAACUGAAGCACGCAAACAUUGUAACCCUAGAGCUAUUGUGGUUAUUAAUCCUGGCAAUCCAACUGGCCAAGUAUUAACCAAAGAAAAUGUGGUGGAUGUUAUUAAAUUUGCAUACAAAGAAAAAUUGUUCUUACUUGCUGAUGAGGUAUAUCAAGACAAUGUGUACGCAGAAGGAAGUACAUUUUAUUCAUUUAAAAAAGUAUUAACUGAAUUAGGAUCUCCUUAUAGUGAAAUGGAAUUGGCAUCAUUUAUGUCUUGUUCUAAAGGUUAUAUGGGAGAAUGUGGUCUAAGAGGUGGUUACACAGAAGUGAUUAAUUUGGACCCGGAAGUUAAAGCAAUGUUACUCAAAUCUGUGUCAGCUAUGUUAUGCCCUACAGUUCUUGGCCAAACUGUGAUGGACUGUGUUGUAAAUCCUCCACAACCAGGUGAACCAUCGUAUGAGAGUUUUCAAGAAGAAAAAAGUAGUGUACUAAAAUCUUUAGCAGAAAGAGCUAAAUUGGUGGCCGAUACAUUUAACAGUAUUCCUGGGAUGUCUUGCAAUCCAGUGCAAGGCGCAAUGUAUGCUUUUCCACAAUUCAAGUUACCUGAAAGAGCAAUUAAAGAAGCAAAAAAUCAAGGAAUUGAACCCAAUGCAUUCUAUGCGUUUCAACUUUUGGAAAAUACUGGUAUUUGUAUUGUACCUGGAUCUGGAUUUGGACAAGUUGAAGGAACUUAUCAUUUUAGAACUACAAUCCUUCCUCAGCCAGAUAAAUUGAAAAAUAUGUUGGACAAUUUCAAAGAUUUUCAUUUAAAAUUUUUAGAACAAUGGAAAUAAUAUUUAAAAAGAAAGAGAGUAUCGCAAUAAGUAAAAUAUUAUUUAAGUAGAAAUAAAAUACCAAUUACAUUUAAAUUUUACAACUGAUGCAAAAUGUAAGUGGUUUAUCUAAAAUGUAUGCUAAACUUACAGUAUUUAUGCAAUUUAACUUAAUUUUAUUUUAGCCAGAGAUUUAGUUAACUAAUAUUAAUAUUAACCUAGUAUAAUUUAAUUAUAUAUUGCCGUUUACUAGGUAUAUACUAUUGUUUCAUUUACCAUAUAGAAUUGUUCCUACAUAAUUUAUACAAAACAAUUACUAUUCAUUUUUAAUUUGUUGCCAUUAACGUUAAGGAAAUGGAUAUUGUAUUUUAAAUAAUUUUUAAUUUUAUGUUUUAUCUUUAACAUAAUCACCAUUUACCAAGACUGUUCAAGAAUAAAAAAAAAAGUUUCCCUGUUCUUUAAAUACUAUUUUUUUAUUUUUAAAAAUCACAACUUUAUUUUGAUGUGGACAUUUUUACCCGUGUACUUAUUCAUGUUUUCAUACUAGAUUUAAUUUUACAUUAAACUGUUAACAAUGUAACCAACAAUCUCUACAAGAUAUCGAUUAGUUAUACUAGUCUAAAUUUAAUUUUAAUUAUAUUUGUUGAUAAUUCAUUAUUUAUAACUUGAUAAGUCAAUAUUAGUUUAUACAAAUCUUAUCUAACUUUAUCAGAAAUUUAAAAAAUGUAGAACAAUAUUUUCUUAUAAAAAAAAUACCAAAAAUCUGUUAUCAAAUCCAUCCUUGCGUUACUUAAUUAUUUUUUUCCUUAAACUGUACCAUUUUUAUUUUUACAUCUGAGUUAUUUCUAAAACAAUUGUAUUUAAAAAAAUAUUUUAAUGCAUAUAAUAUAUUCUUUAAUUAUAAUUGAUUAAUUUGUAUUAUUGUAUGUAAUAUUAUGUAUUAAUAUAGUUUCCUUCUUAAACAAAUUAGGUAUGUUUGUAUUCAAUUAAAUAUUGUUAAAAGCUUACAAUUUAAUAUUUAUAAUAGUAAUUUAAACUAUCAGGAUAAUUGUAUUAGAUAUUCUAUUAUUUUUUUUUUUUUUGUUGUAUAACUACCACCAUUGAGUUUAUU